AGAUUUAUACAGGCAAAGAUCACAAAGGUAUUGAUUACAUCUCAAGGUUUGGAAUGAGGAACCUGGUUUGCAAAAAAGCAGUUUACAGAAGCAGACUUAAGCAUGUUAAUCUCAAUGACAGUUUUUGGGUCCCCGGAACACUGAGUCAACAGGGACACGUUAACUGGAGCCCUCUGACCUUGGGAUAAUUGUGCUGUCCUUCCCAGGUAAAGGAAAAUGUGCUUUCUAAGACCAGUAUGACCACAACCAAUGGGAUUUCACAUUACAAUCAAUAGGGUAUUUAAUCGAAUGGGGUGAUUUAUAUAAUUCAGAAAAUUAAAAUAACUUUUCUAUUAUUUUAGCAAGAAAGUAAGUACAGAAACCAAACAGCAGGGUUAGAGUUAAACUACAGUUUCUACCUGAAAUGAUUGCACCAUACUUCAUUAUGAACCGUCAUGUAAAUAUCUGAUAUGCAGGAUGUAUUUUCAUUGUUACAAACUGAACAUAAUUAAAGCAUAGUGAUUAAUCACCAAAACAAUAUGUAAUUAUAUAUGUGUUUUCCGAUGGUCUUAGGCCACCCCUGUGAAAGGGUCGUUGGAUCCCCAAAGGGGUCGCGACCCCCAGGUUGAGAACCGCUGCCUCAGGGGCUUCUGCUCGGCCUCCGGCCUCCCUGUCCAAGCUCUCCGUGCUCUGCCCAUCCUUGCUCCGCACAGUCCGUCUUCCCCCCAGGAAUGUGGCUCUCUCCCAUUCUCAGCUUCUCUCUUCCACUCCCAUUGGCUCCACGCCCCCACUUCCGCCAAGCACCUCAGUAGAUCCCCAUCCUCGGUUUUCUGUGUACCUCCUACCAUCAGAGCCGUCCAUCCUCUCUUUAGCGAGUCUUCUGUGCCCGUGUGCUCGUUCCCGACUGGCUGACUCAAGCAAGUCCUCCUCCUCAUCUCCAGGUGGUCUCGAGGGCUGGCUGGGCAGGGCAGGGCCUGCGGGGCGCUCUCCCAGCCGGGGCAGCACAGCCGUGACUGGUGCCCUGGCUACAAAGGCAGCCGGCGGGCUGGCAGGGAAGGAGGGCAGGAGGCACCGCAGCCGGCUCCGGGGUCCCCACACCUCCCCCGCCGGCCGCCUCCGGGGCCUCAUCCGGGGCCCCGCCCUCUGCGCCGGCCGCCGGACUCCGCCUCCGGAAGUGCCACCGAGAAGCACCGCCCUCCAAGCGGCGUAGAGCGACUCCCCUAAGGCCGGGACGGCCGCGAGCAAAGGUGUCUGCGACAGGACGGCAGCCUGGCCCGCUGUGGCACUUGGUGAUGGUCAUUGCCCUCCGGAACAGGGAUGGAGGAACUGUCUGUCCAGGAAGCAGCAGGAUCACCAAGGGCCCAGUUUCCGUGUUUGGAGACCCAGCCCGAGGGCCUGUCCCCGGAGCCUGAGUGCCUGCAGGACGCGGACAUGGAACAGGGACUCCCUGGGGCUCCACCUGUUCCCCAGGUGCCUGCUCUUCCCCACGAGGGAAGCCCAGGAGACCAGGCAACUGCACUCCUGACAGCCAGGUACCAGGAGUUUGUGACAUUCGAGGAUGUGGCUGUGCACCUUACUCGAGAGGAAUGGGGAUGCCUGGACCCUGUUCAGAGGGAUCUCUACAGAGAAGUGAUGUUAGAGAAUUAUGGGAACGUGGUCUCACUGGGCAUACUUCUCCGUCUUCCCACCACCCGGAUUCAUAGUGUGAAUUCCUGCCCGGCCCUGAGUCAUACCCAGGCAAGUGCUUUCUCUGGAGAAACACUUGCAGUCCUUUCAGCAGGAAUCUCCAAGAGAUGGCCCAAGUAUCGGCUUCCCAUCGAUAUUGCUCGUCCCCGCUCGGAAACUCCUUUUCCACGAUUAUAAGAUAUUACAUUUGAUUGAUGGAAUAGAUGCUCCCAGGAUGCCACCACUUUGUAAAAUUGCAGCUCCUCAAAAGACCUUUGUUAAAUUUCUAAAGGGCCAAGGAAACUCUCCGUUGCCACCAGAUGCAUUUUGUAUCCUGAAUUUUGAGUUCAUUCAGAAGCCAUGGUUGGUGGUCAUCUACUUGUGUUCUGAGAAACCACAAGUUCAACUCCAGCUCUUCAGUUAUUAUGUUUUCAUUUUAUUUUAGAAUGUGGAACGUUUUUUGCGUGCCCCUCCUUUUCUGUAGUGAACAGGACCUGCUCCUUCUGAUGCUUAACUCUCUUGUGACCCCUGGGCUUUCUUUAUAUUUAACAUUCUAGUCUUCUUUUAAGUCCCUGUGGCCGCCUCCAAGGUCCUGACUUUGUCCCCUUUAUUAUUUGUUGCCAAACAAGAUUGAUACAUUUAUAUGAUCUUUUCUGAUUAAGUGUUCCUUAGCUGUCCUUGGUGGAGGGGAGAUGGGAAGGCAAAAGAGUUCAGUUUCUUUAUUUCAGGGCAUCAGAUUGAAUGUAUAUUUAACAAUUUUGUAUACUGUAAAGUGAUAUGUAAUUGCAAGAUACUAUAAAUUUUAUCUAAUAACUACAUAAUUUCCAAUAGUUAACCUGUCUACUUUUUGGAGUAAAGAAACUUCUUAGCUUAAUCAGCCUAAUAGCACAGCAUGCUAGUUAACUGAAUUUCGUUCCAUUUUCUCGCAUCUCUUCAUACACACAGGACACACAUGCAUACUUAUACACAUACUGGGCACAAAUACACACAAGAAAUCCUCGUAUUCAAUUCGCUCUUGUGAUAGGAGCCUCUCUUUAGUAAUUAUUUUCUACAGUCCUUGGGAAGACCUUUCAUAUUUGUGGGUUCAGCAAAUUCCAUGUGCAUUUUAAAGUUAUACAUUUAAUUAACUUAGCUUAAUGUUGAUGUUAUAAAAUAAGGACUCUUAUAAUUCAGUCCCUGACUUAGCAGCCUGUUCACAUCUUUUUUCCCAUGGCAGUAGCUCUGAGGUGUAUUUGUCACAGACAUCAGAACUUUGGUCCUUUGGUUAAGUGCUUUGACUAUAUUCUAGUAAAUAUACAGAGUAUGGCCCUCUCUGGUUUGGCUCAGUGGAUAGAGCAUUGACUUACAGACUAAAGGGUCCCGUGUUUGAUUCCCAUCAAGGGCACGUACCUUGGUUGCAGGCUCCUGCCUGGCCUGGGCCCUGGUCGGGGUGCAUGAGGAAGACAACCAAUGUUUCUCUCACAUCAGUGUUUCUCUCUGUCUUUCCCUCUCUUUUCCACUCUCUCUAAAAGAUCAAUGGAAAAAUAUCCUCGGGUGAGGAUUAACAAAAACAAAUAAACAAGACAAAAAAAUAUAGAGUAUGAACAAUUGAGUAAAAGAGCGAAAAAGUUUAUAAAAACAUAAUUUUUAUUACCAAAUCUAAAAAGAAGCAUACUCUAUUAACAAUGUAUGAAUUACUGGCUUGAGGAUCAUACCCAAAGGAAUGUUAUAUAUGACUUAGUGCUUAAAAUUAAGAUUAAGUACUGGAAAUUAAGACUGGGAAAGAGGCCUGGAUUGCAUUGCCAAUGGGAUAGAGUGGCGGGUGCCUGGUUAGAUGACAUGUUUAUCAGAAUUCUAGUUCAUGAUAAGUGAGUUGAUAAAUCAGGAAUGUUUGGCACAUAGCCCCUAACUUUUUGAAGUUAAUGUCCUCAGGACAAAAAUGAUUUUGUAUAGAAUGUUUUUAUUGCCACAGCUAUAUACUAUUUCUUAAGCAACCAAUAGGUUCCUAGAUAAUCCUAUCUAAUAAUAGACAAACAUGGUAAUUGGCCGUACCUUCGCUACGCCUCACAUAGGCUAAUCAGCGGGAUAUGCAAAUUAACCGCCGACAAAGAUGGCGGUUAAUUUGCAUACAUAGACGCAAAGCGGUGGAUCGAAGACUGAAGGUGGCUCCGGCCGGAGCGAAGGCCUAGGUCCCGGGUGCCGGAGGAAAACCGGUGCCAGCAGCCAGGGGAAGGGAAGGCCUAUUGCACGAAUCUUUUCGUGCAACAGGCCUCUAGUGUGUGUGUGUGUGUGUGUGUGUGUGUGUGUGUGUGUGUAUUUUAGUCCUUACUAUAACCCUGUGAGCAGAUAUUACUCUAUACCUGAGGAAGCUGAGAUUCAGAGAAAUUAGUAAUUCACGUAAUUUGGAAUCAAAACUGACUAUGAAACCCAUGCUCUUUUUCACUAUUUUGUGUCUUAAAGCAAUUAGUUAAACCACAUAUGGUGUUUUUUAUAUUUUCAUGGCUGUACUCUGAUGACAAUGAAAAAUAGCUAUGAUAAAUUGAACAGAUAGGCACGUUUGUAUAGUUUGGGAACAGAAAGGACACAUUCAAGACAUAAAAUUGUCUAGGAAUAUAUUCCAUUAUAAGUAUACUAGAGGCCCGAUGCACGAAAUUCUUGCAAGAGUAGCCCUUCUUUCUCCUGGCUGCUGCCACCGGCUUCCCUCUGGCACCUGGGACCCAGGCUUCCCUUGCAGCAGCCCCGGCUUUGUCUGGAAGGUUGUCCAACGUCCGGUCUAAUGAGCAUAUUAAACUUUUAUUAUUGUAGAAGAUACACAAGAACAGUAUUGCUAAGGAGAGAUUUUAUUUGUGUAUUUUUUAAGGAUCAGGAAGAAAGGCAUGAAACUUCCAAAUGGCUAAAUCUUAGGCAGGAAACCAAAUAAUGAGGUAUAUUUUAUUUUUUUGCUUUAUUCCUUAACCUUUUAAUUCUGAGGUAUAUUUUAAAUGUUACUUUAAAAAACCAGAUUAAGUAAAAAUAAAUCAAAUUAAGAAAUGGCUUUGGUUUAAAUUUAAAAAUUAAAAGAUUUUAAUAAAAAAUUAAGUUAUUUUUCUAAAAUAUAUUUUUAUUGAUUUCAGAGAGGAAGAGAGGGGGGGAGAGAGAGAGAGAAACAAUGAUGAGAAUCAUUGAUCAGCUGCCUCCUGCAUGUCCCCCACUGGGGAUCGAGCCCACAACCCAGGCAUGUGCCUUGACCAAGAAUCAAACCGUGACCUCCUGGUUCAUAGUGCUCAACCACUGAGCCACACCAGCCAGGCAAAAAUUAAGUAAUUUUAGAUUAGAGGCUUGAGCUACAAAAAAAAUCUAAGCAAAUGCUAUUUUUGAAAGCAUAGAGUUUUGACUUAAAUUUAGGAAAAAGCAUUUAUUUAUUUAUUAUUGAUUUUAGAGAGCGAAAGGGAGGGAGGAAGAGAGGGGGGGAGAGAGAGAGAGAGAAAGAAAAAGAGAGAAGGAAAGAGAAACAUUGAUUUGUUGUUUCACUUAUCUAUGCAUUCAUUGGUUGCAUCUUCUAUGUGCCCUGACUGGAUAUUGAACUUGCAAGCUUGGCAUAUCCGGACCACUCUCUGACUGAGUUACCUGGCCAGGGCAGGAAAAGACAUUUAGACCAAUGGCAGGAAAACCUGUCUCAAUGCUUUCUGAGACCCUUAGUGUGGUAGAGUAGAGAGAAUAUAAACUGUGGAAUUAAACUUGUGUUCCAGUUAUCAGCUGUGAUACAUUGAGCAAAUAUUUAAACUCACACUCAUUUUCUUCAUCUAUAAAACAUGAAAAAUAGCCCUGACCGGUUUGGCUCAGUGGUUAAGAGAGUCGGCCUGUGGACUCAAGAGUCCCAGGUUCGAUUCCGGUCAAGAGCAUGUACCUUGGUUGUGGGCACAUACCCAGUGGGGAGUGUGCAGGAGGCAGCUGAUCGAUGUCUCUCUCUCAUCGAUGUUUCUGACUAUCCCUCUCCCUUCCUCUCUGUAAGAAAUCAAUAAAAUAUAUUAAAAAAAAACACACACGAAAAAUAGUGUCUCCCUUUUGGUUUGUGCCAAGGAUUAAGUUAGAUUAUGUUUAUAAGUACCUGGCUCAUGGUAGUUACUCAAAUGUUUGUUUGAAAAGGACGAGUGAUAUGAGCUAUAGACCAAUUUUUUUAAUACAAAUAAAAAUUUUAGGAGAGUUCAAAUUAUUUCUUUACAAGUUCAGUUUCCUCAAAUUGAAUAUUGCUCUGACUGUGCCUAGAGUUUGGAUUUUUAUUAUAAAGAGAUUUUUUAUUUCUUUGCCACUAAAGAUCUCUUAGAGCCCUUUUAAUGAAAACAUUCAUGAUUCCAAGUCUUUUGGAUCCUGGUUCUCCAAUCAUUAUUUCUGUUCUUUUAUUAUGUUUACUAUUUAUUCCAUUACCAACAUAUUGGUUUUCUGUUCUCUUUCUAUACAUAUUUUGGAGGAAGGAAUGGAUUUCAUUCACAAUCAUUUUUUUACUGGUGGAUUAUUUAAAAGCCAGGUUCUGAAAUAAGACUGGGUUUAUGUCCUAUCAGUGGUUCUCAACCUUCCUAAUGCCAUGACCCUUUAAUACAGUUCCUCAUGUUGUGGUGACCCCCAACCAUAAAACUAUUUUCGUUGCUACUUCAUAACUGUAAUUUUGCUACUGUUAUGAAUCGUAAUGUAAAUAUCUGAUAUGCAGGAUGUAUUUUCAUUGUUCGCGACCCAUAGGUUGAGAACCGCUGGAACCACUUGUGGCCUUGGGCAAGUUAAUUAACCUUUUUGAAGCUUAGUUUUCCUAUUUGUAAAAUGGGUAUAAUAAUAGUGACUACCUCAUAAAGGUAUGGUGACUAUUAAGUGAGUGCAAGCUUGUAUAGCUCAUGGGUAUGGUACUUUGUACCUACCACCUACUUAGAAAAUCAUAGCAUAAUAUUUUGAUGAUACAGGUGACUUUAAGUCUAUAUCAUGAACUCUGUUUUCUUCUGAACUUCAGUCUUGUAUAUCUAAUUGCCUGUUAAGCAUUUAUAUCUUUUUACAUUACCUUAAACACAAGUCCAAAAUCAAACCUCUCAUUCCACAUCGAUAUGAUCUUUUUUGUUGUGCAUAUGUGAUUUAAGUGUAGACAUAAAGAACCAAAAUUUCAGUUAUCAAAUACUUAGAAAUAUCUUAAUAAAUAUCUGAAAAGUAGAAGUUGCAAAUUAUGUUAUCAGAAUUCUGAACAGAAUAGUUGCUGCUUCAUACCACACUAACAUUUUUUUUUAACUUGCAAAACUAUUUCAUUUGACAUGGAGGACCUUAACUAAAUACAUGUCCAAAAGAACUCUAUUAAUGCCCAGUAGGAAUUUAGAAACACAGUAAAUAAAAGACAUUUAUAUCUUUUUUAUAUUUGUUCUGAUCUCUCUGCUCUUAGACUCUCACACAGAAUCCCAAGAGGGCAGCUGUUAGUUUGUAUUUUCUAAGUCCAAUGCCCUUUUAAAAACAUUGGUUAUUUGUUGUAUGUUGAUACUUGGACACAAAAUUGGUACUCAGUGAGUAGCUUUUAAGUAAAUGAAUCAAAAGAAAUGCAAGAUACAAGCUACAUGGUCCCUGCAAGAUAAAAGCUACAUGAUCCCUGCAAUCAGGUAGGGAUGAUGAUACCUGAAACCAAGUAAAAAAUCUGUAAAUUUCAUUAUAUAGUGACAUAUCAGGAUAAGAGGAACAAAUAAAUUUUGUAGACAUUCAGUAAGUGAAGAGAAAGGCUUUUGGAGAUGAGAGGCUUGAGCUAAGACCUUGUAUGUGUGCUACUAGAAGCUUUCUGGGCUGAACAUGUGUAAAAUGCCCCAUUGAUACUAUAAUAGUUCUGGCCCUUCAGAAGCAGACUGCCUCUUACUUUCACUUUAAAAGAGUUUAGAUCCUAGCAGUCCAUUAUGCAAGCCGGAGAAAGACCAUUUUAUGUGAAGAUGCACUUUUAUUGCACUUUCCUCACUAUAUAUUAUAAUUAUUUGUUUAUACCUGUCUCUGCAGUUAGGAGUAUAAGGUCUUUGAGAGAAUGGGCCUUAUUGACUUGAGCCCUUUAUCCCUGACAUACUUUGGAUAGAGAGGGCAUCCCAUAAAUGUUUGUUUAAUAAACAAGAGUGUAAGCUCCUAAUGGGUGAGAAUGUGUCAUAUUAUUCUUUGUUUCCUUAUUUGAAUUGAAAUGAAUUGUUUCUUAAGAUUUAUCCUAAGAAUAGUUACUCAGCCUUCACUGAUUCUGUUGCUAUGGUUCAUGUCACCAUACAACAGAUGCUUAAUUAUCCACUUUUCUCUAGGUUAUAUUUUGAUUACCUCAAUUUUGACCAGGUCUAAUACAAGAUUGAUCUAGAGGCAACAGGAUUUCCAAUUUUCAAGCCUGAUGGGAUCUCUCAGCUGGAACAAGAUCUACAGGUCUUUGAUUUGGAAACUAAGAAUAGAGAAGUCUUAAGAGAUGACUGCUCAGAAGAGUCUAGCCUGAGGAGUGACAUGGUGAAUGCAGUACUGUUUUCUCAUGGCAUUCUUUAAUAUAAUAGGUGUUGUAAGUAACUAUGUAUACUUUAUUUAUGGAAUUCAUUUAAGCUAUUUUUAUUUUAAUGUGGCCUAUAAACAUUUUUCUUUUUCUUGAAAUUGGUAUGUAUUGUUCUCAGCUUCCCUAAGGUACUGUAAUUACACCAAUGUUAAAACAUAUCAGCAUCUGGAAGGGAGCUCAUUUAGUUUUUUCUGCUGUUCUCCACUCAGGUUCUCUCCAAAACAGACUAUUAGGCCUGCUCUUUUCUGAAGACCCUAAUUCCUGUUUGUUUCUAGCCACAACAACUGGAUUCCUGUUGAUUUCUCCACUCUCUUAAGCGCCUUCAAAUGAUGGUUUCCUAGUUUUAAGCUUUUCACCAGCAGGUAUGCGGUCCCCACUUGAUGUCACUGUUCUGGUGUCUUCUUUCCCAAAGUAAAGCAUCUUCCUUUAAAAGAAUUGGAUUUCCACACCUGGUUCACCCAUGAGUAUGAAAGAUUCUGUCUUCCUUGAAUUUAUGACAGACAGCUAAACAAUUUCAAGUGAUGCCCAAGUUUUUAGCUGCCUUGUUUUGCAUCCACAGCCCACUAACAGAGAUGAUAAGGACUCUUAGUGUUAUAGCUACAUUCAUUCAGCAUCUACUCUGCAUGUCUAAGUUUAGAAAUAUUUUAUAUACUUCCAUUGAAGGCCAGCAAAAUGCUCGGGCUUGUUUUUGAUAGGGCAAAACAUAAAGAACAUAUACUAAAAGAUCAGAGAGCUUCAUAAGGCAGAGAGCUCAACCUACCAACAAAGAUAUUGCUGUUCUUACAUAAUAUCUCCAGAGAGAAUAUUUCAAGAGAGUUGGAAAUUCUGUUCCUGGUAAAAUUUUAACCAUUAAGGUUGUUUUCUUAUCUAUUUGGAUUUCCACCUUCAAUAUCCCCUCAUCAGUCUAGGACAGUAUUUGAAGUGUGGGGGCAUUUUGUAUACUUAUUCAUUAUCACAUUUUUUUUUGUAUUUUACUAGAGUCUAUAGGCCAUAUACAAGAACAUGAUUUUCUUGAUUGAUAAAAGUGAUCACAGAUGUUGGCUCCAGAUUUCAGGAUCACCAUCAUAACACCUAGCAACAGUUUAUGAUUCUUAGAUGAUGUCAAAGCACUUUAUUAUAUUUUUCCAUCUUAAGUUUCAUAAUAUUUUGUGAAUAAGACAAGUGUUAUUUAAAAUUCUAGUUGUCAUUCCAGCAGUUGAGGCCUUCAUAGUUCAGAAGUUAUAAUAUUCAUGAGGGAUCCUCAACAAAUACAUAAAAAUGUAUUGCUUGCCCUAUAAGCAUUUUAUGGCUAACCUCUAGGAUAGUUCUACCAGUAUAUUUUACCUCUUAGCCAUCAGCAAGCAUAUGAUCUAAUCAGGGCAAGGUAGGAAUCUAAAUGUAAAAUCAAAUGGAAAUGCAUGUUUUUUUUUCCCUGUCAAGGAAUGUGUAUACUCAUGUAUAGAAGCUAAUAGUCACUUCCAGGGAUUAUGAAACAAAGGAUGAAGUAAUCCUUAAAUACCAGAAUGUAUAAACAUCACUUGUAUGCAUUUGGUUUAGGAAUGUGCUUUUUACUUCCGCUUGAAUAAAAGUGUGUUUGAUAUUCUGCAAAUCUGUUUCAAAUAAAAUCUGAAGGCCUUAGCUGGAAGCAUUUGGAAAUUUUGGAAUCACCUUUCUGGCUGCAACUCAGUUCCUUACAGAUAUUUCAUAACAAGAGUAGAUUGUUCUGUAUACUGGUACUUGCUCUUCCACAGUACUCUUGAGGAAUAAAGUCUGAAUGUUUAGGAAUUAAAGGAUUAUUCAAUUGGGAUGGUGUCAGUACAUAAAAUAAGAGGAAAUCAUUUGAGGUUUCAGUUAAAUUAGGCAGAAUGUGUGUGUUUUUUUAGUAAAACACAUUUUUAAAAAUUAGAAAAAAGUAACUUGCCAGUUUAAGCUUGCUGAUAUUUAAUUGGUCCAAUAGAAUAUGAGUUUGUGUUAAUUUUUUUAGUCUUGAUGCUGGAGAGGUAAGAGAAGAAAUCUAAUAGUUGAGGGACACCUAAUUUUACCUUCUAUCUGCCCACCCACAUACAUGUACAUAUAUGUAUGUGUAUAUUCAAACUUAUUCCUCACAACUCUGCAAGGGAAUUAGCUUCAUUUUACAGAACUGAGGUAUAGGGAGGUUAAAGAACUUGUUAGGAUCACAUAGCAAGUUCAAAGUCAGGUGUGUUUGACUCCAAAACGUCAAGUUGGUAUUAGACACCAACCAGGGACGAUUUCUUUGAUUGCUCUUCAUUCCUUGUUACACCCCAAUGAUUCACUGCUAUUAGUUUGCAACUCAUCCUAAAUGCUCUCAAAGCUCUCUGGGAUACUAGGAGAAAAUAUCCCAAUAUCUUUUGGUACUAGUUAGAGACCCUUCUCCGCCCCAUGAACAGGCUUAGACAAUUUUGACUGUGACAGGUCACAGAUCAAAGGUCCCAAAUUCCUGUCUCCUAAGUCCCCUCCAUUCCCAUCACUAGAUUUACAUUUCCAUUUUCAAUGCCCAAAUGUGCUCUUAAUUUUUGCUGCUAAUUAGAACUUGCUGAUGGACAUUUAUUACCAAGAUUUACUGUCACCUCUGGUUACAUUAUAGCAGUGGAACAAAGCAGUUAUUGGGAAAAUCAAGUUUGAUACCUAGGUUCUGGGUUGAGCAAAAGAGUAUCCAGAUAGAGGUAGACUUGAAAGAUAUGUGGUACACUGGAAGAGGAGCAAGGAGAGCAUUUCAGGCAAGAGAGAUGAUGUCAGAAGGCCUACAAAUGAGAAUAUGGCGUUUUCAGGGCAAUAUAUGAGCUUUCUGGAGAAAUGCCUCACGCUAGCAAAUAGUAUGAGGGUAACUGAUGAAGUUGAAGAACGAAAACUUCUAGGGUGUCAUCUCAGCAAAGCAUAAUGGGAUUCCCACAACUAGAAAUGUAACUACCUGUCCAUUCAGUAAUACAUUUACCAGGCACUAUGAUAUUCAGUGCUAGUCAAAGGAUACAGUUAACCUAAUCAAAUGAAUGAAACCAUCUACUGAGUAAAAAUAAACAGAUUAGUUGUCUAAACAAUAGCUUCAGAAUUAGACAUACCUGUGUUUGAAUUUUGCUGUUUACUAGCUGUGUGACUUUGGAAAUUUUACUUAGUCUCUCUAGUUUUCUUGUCUAUAUAAUGUGGCUAAUAGCAUGAAAAUUAAAGAGAUAAUGUAAAAGGUACUGGUCAUAUAGUAAGUGCCAAAUAGUUAUUAAUAUAAACACUAUUAUAAAAACCAGUAAAAAUAGAAGACAGAUGUUUAGAUAGAAGAUGGAAUUAAUGAGCAAGCAUUUAACAGUGUAGGACUGGCAUUGUCCAGGAUGGGAUGCCCUGGGUUUGGAGAACUUAAAUAUGACUAGAGAAAACAUCAGGCAUCCUUGUCUGUGGUAGGAACUGCCUCCUGACAGGCACUCCCUGUUGGAGUCAGCAAGCUGACAUCUGUCUUGUCUAAAAUUCAUAUGAGUUCACAUUUUCAAAAUACAAGUGCAUAAAGGAACUAUUGUUUAAUCCAAGACUAAGAAUGAUUUCAAUAAGAAAUCAGAUGGUGCCCUGUAUAAGUCAACAAGAAAAUAAUGCUGGAAUUUUAUUUUGUUGAUGCAUCCUAUUCACUCCACUUAUAGAAAAUGGUUAACCUCUUGUAUUUGUAUUUCAUUCAUGUUUAUAAAUUUACAACUUGGACAUAA